AUGACGAACGCGUUCUCGGAGGAGUUGGCACUGGAAGCUGCUGGCCUAGACGCAAUCUUCGGAAAAGACUUCAAGGCUGAGGAGACCACGACAGGACACGUUCGUUGGAGUGUACCCCUCUCACACAACGGCGUGGAACUGGAGCUGGCGUUUCUUUUAGACAGUGCAUAUCCACUUGACAGCGAACCUCAAGUGCGCGUGACUUGUAAGGAAGGCCUUUCACUGCGUGCAGUACGGGAGCUCGAAGGGCACCUUCAAAAGGUAGCCGCGGAGAAUCGUGGUUCUCCCAGCGCUUAUCUGCUGUACACAGCUGCGCAAGACUGGAUCGAUACGCACGAUCGACGAGAGGCUGCCGAAGCUAUCAGCGCUACGAUUGCGUCCACGAGGCUUUCUGCUCGCGAGCCGGACUCGGCGGGCACCGGAACUACUUUCGAGACCAAAGCCGAGAGCUUUACCCAACUCGUCGAGCACGAGACGCUCGAACAUGCCACCAUAGACCGAACGCUGGGCACGCCGGUCACACCGGAGACUUUUGCCGCUUGGAAACAGGAAUUCGACAAGUAUCUACUGGAAAACGGUAUCCUCGAUAUCGCAAAUAACGCAGAUAUCGAAUUAGACGCCUCCCAAGGCGGCUGGAAAGGCAAUUCGCGGCGGAAACCUACUGGUCGUGAGCUCUUCACCAUGCACAGGGAAAUGUUCGUCGAUGAUUUCGAGGAAAGUGAUCAAUGCGAAAGCACGGCGUCUGGAGCAUGCGACACUCAAGGCAGUGAACUAGCAGAGCAUGUGGACGCCUCACUGUUUCUCUCGUGA